GCAUGCCCGCCCACGCCCCGCCGCGCCGCCCGCGUCUGCGGACGCCACCGCUGCUGCUGCUGCUGCUGGCCCUGGGCGGCCGCCGCCUGCGCGCUGAGCCCGGCGACGGCGCGCAGACCUGGGCCCGCUUCGCGCGCCCUCCGGCCCCGGGUGCCGCGGGGCUCUUCCACGACACCUUCCCCGACGGCUUCCACUGGGCCGUGGGCAGCGCCGCCUACCAGACGGAGGGCGGCUGGCGGCAGCACGGCAAGGGUGCGUCCAUCUGGGACACGUUCACCCACCGCCCUCCGGCGCCUCCAGGCGACCCCCCGGUAGCCGGCCUGCCGUCGGGCGCCCCGUCGCUGUCCCCGCCCGCCACCGGGGACGUGGCCAGCGACGGCUACAACAAUGUCUUCCGCGACACGGAGGGGCUGCGCGAGCUCGGGGUCACCCACUACCGCUUCUCCAUCUCGUGGGCGCGGGUGUUCCCCAAUGGCAGCGCCGGCGCCCCCAACCGGGAGGGGCUGCGCUACUACCGGCGUCUGCUGGAGCGGCUGCGGGAGCUGGGCGUGCAGCCCGUGGUCACCCUGUACCACUGGGACCUGCCCCAGCGCCUGCAGGACGCCUAUGGCGGCUGGGCCAACCGCGCCCUAGCGGACCACUUCAGGGAUUACGCCGAGCUCUGCUUCCGCCACUUCGGCGGCCAGGUCAAGUACUGGAUCACCAUCGACAACCCCUACGUGGUGGCCUGGCACGGCUACGCCACCGGGCGCCUGGCCCCAGGCGUCCAGGGCAGCCCGCGGCUCGGGUACCUGGUGGCGCACAACCUCCUUCUGGCUCAUGCCAAAAUCUGGCAUCUCUACAAUACUUCUUUCCGCCCCACUCAGGGAGGCCAGGUGUCCAUUGCCCUGAGCUCCCACUGGAUCAGUCCUCGAAGAAUGACUGAACAUAGCAUCAAAGAAUGUCAGAAAUCUCUUGACUUUGUCCUAGGCUGGUUUGCCAAACCCAUAUUUAUUGAUGGGGACUAUCCUGAGAGCAUGAAGAAUAACCUUUCAUCUCUUCUGCCUGAUUUUACUGAAUCUGAGAAAAAGUUCAUCAAGGGAACAGCCGACUUUUUUGCUCUUUCCUUUGGACCAACCUUGAGUUUUCAACUGUUGGACCCUCAGAUGAAGUUCCGUCAGUUGGAAUCUCCCAGCCUGAGGCAACUCCUUUCCUGGAUUGACCUUGAGUAUAACCACCCUCAAAUAUUUAUUGUGGAAAAUGGCUGGUUUGUUUCGGGGACCACCAAGAGAGAUGAUGCCAAAUAUAUGUAUUACCUCAAAAAAUUCAUAAUGGAAACCUUAAAAGCCAUCAGGCUGGACGGGGUGGAUGUCAUCGGGUACACAGCGUGGUCCCUCAUGGAUGGCUUCGAGUGGCACAGAGGCUACAGCAUCAGACGUGGACUCUUCUACGUCGACUUUCUAAGCCAGGAUAAGAAGUUGUUGCCGAAGUCUUCAGCCUUGUUCUACCAGAAGCUGAUAGAGAAAAAUGGCUUCCCUCCUUUACCUGAAAAUCAACCCCUAGAAGGGACAUUUUCCUGUGACUUUGCUUGGGGAAUUGUUGACAACUACAUUCAAGUGGACACCACUCUGUCUCAGUUUACCGACCCCAGCGUUUACCUGUGGGAUGUCCACCACAGUAAAAGGCUUAUUAAGGUGGACGGGGUUGUGACCAAGAAGAGGAAAUCCUAUUGCGUUGACUUCGCCGCCAUCCGGCCCCAGAUCGCCUUACUCCAGGAAAUGCAUGUGUCGCAUUUCCACUUCUCCCUGGACUGGGCGCUGAUCCUGCCGCUGGGGAACCAGUCCCAGGUCAACCGCACGGUCCUGCGCUACUAUCGCUGCGUGGCCAGCGAGCUCGUGCGCGCCAACAUCACCCCGGUGGUGGCCCUGUGGCGCCCCGCCGCCCCGCACCAGGGGCUGCCGCCACCCCUGGCCCGGCACGGCGCCUGGGAGAACCCUCACACCGCCCUGGCUUUUGCGGAGUACGCCAGCCUAUGCUUUCGAGACCUCGGCCACCACGUCAAGUUCUGGAUCACGAUGAACGAGCCGUCCACGCGGAACAUGACGUAUAGCGCGGGGCACCACCUCCUGAAGGCCCACGCGUUGGCCUGGCGCGUGUACGAUGAGAAGUUUAGGCGCUCUCAGAAGGGUAAAAUAUCCAUCGCCCUGCAGGCGGAUUGGAUAGAACCAGCCUGCCCUCUCUCCCCAAAAGACCAAGAAGUGGCCGAGCGAGUUUUGCAAUUUGACAUUGGCUGGCUGGCCGAGCCCAUUUUCGGCUCCGGGGAUUAUCCACGCGUGAUGAGGGCCUGGCUGAACCAGAGAAACAAUUUUCUCCUGCCUUAUUUCACUGACGAGGAAAAAAAGUUAAUCCGGGGUUCCUUUGACUUUUUGGCUUUAAGCCAUUACACCACCAUCCUUGUAGACUGGGAAAAAGAAGAUCCAGUAAAAUAUAAUGAUUACCUGGCAGUGCAAGAAAUGACCGACAUCACCUGGCUCAACUCCCCAAGUCAGGUGGCCGUGGUGCCCUGGGGGUUACGCAAGGUACUGAACUGGCUGAAGUCCAAGUACGGAGACCUCCCCAUGUAUAUAAUCUCCAACGGCAUCGACGAUGAUCCGCACGCAGCCGAAGACAAUCUGAGGGUGUAUUACAUGAAGAAUUAUGUAAACGAAGCUCUGAAAGCCUAUAUAUUGGAUGGUAUCAAUCUUUGUGGAUACUUUGCUUAUUCAUUUAAUGAUCGCACAGCUCCGAAGUUUGGCCUGUAUCGUUAUGCUGCAAAUCAGUUUGAGCCCAAACCAUCCAUGAAACAUUACAGGAAAAUUAUUGACAACAAUGGCUUCCCAGGUCCCAAAACUCUGGGAAGAUUUUGUCCAGAAGAAUUCACCCUGUGUACAGAGUGCAGCUUUUUUCAUACCCGAAAGUCUUUACUGGCUUUCAUAGCUUUUCUAUUUUUUGCUUUUAUUAUUUCUCUUUCUCUUAUUUUUUACUACUCUAAGAGAGGCAGAAGAAGUUACAAAUAGUCUUGAUAUUUUUCUUAUUCACUUAUUUGAAAUAAUUGUACACACACAGCAGCUGUUAACCAUUUGUACUUCUCAGUGUUGUGAAACUGUAGAUUUCAUAUAUCUGACUUCUCAAGACCUUUUUGUGGCAUUUGACAGAGCUUUUGAGAUGAGCAUAAGUGAUUGUAAAAUACUGAAUAAUAUGAAUAGUGCCUGGAUUUGUUCUUUUUGGCAGAGGGGUGUUAAAAAAAUGCUGGCAGGGGCUAUCAUUUCUGCAGCACAUUCUAUAACAAAAGCAUGAGAAAUGGGAACCAUUCUGUAACAUUUUUACAGAAAUUGAAUGACAAGAUUAAGAAUAUUGUUUGUCUGUGUCCAUUGCUAUAUGCAAUGUUUAUCGUGAAGUCAUAUUGCAAGUAUUGGAAUCAAAAGUUAAGUCCCAAGUAACCAUAUCUUAACUGCCAUGAUAGGCCUAAUGGUCUCUGCUGAACCAAGUUUCCCUUGAAAAAGAAGAUGGCAGAAUAUAGAACAGAAGACAAAGGGCCCUAGGCUGGAAUGUUCCUUUUAAAGCAGUGUUUCUAUCAAAUACUGUUAUAUUAAUUUACAUAUCUGGUUAAUGAUAGGCUUAGCAGAACAAAUGACAGAACUCUAUAUUUUAUGUAAGUAUAAAAUAUAUUUUUUUAUAUUUCGAGGCACUCUCUAAACUCCAGGUCCUUGAGGGCUUUGUGUCCCUGUCGAGGGCCUGCACACAUGGACUUUCACUAAAUGUGUGCAGAAAAAUAUGCAUGAAUUAUGCAAUAUUAGGCCCUUAAAGAAGCAUAAACCGACUGUGAAAUGCAUUAUACUACAGUGGUUGGAGGGGGCGGAAAGGAGGAAAAAGUACUUGUUAUGAGCAACAUUGUGAUUAAUUUUAUUAUAAACUCUUUUAUUUAGAGCAGACCUUGGAAUGAAUGAGGUGACCUUUUCUGAGAGGAUAAGAAUGAAAUAAUAACUUAUUUUAUGAGGAGUGACUCCACUUUCUGUUCUUUAGAAUAUGCCAAAAUUUCUUUGAAUUGAGUUUUAAAAAUUCUUAGUAGGUUCAAAAGCAUUUGGUCUAAUAACCCUGGAAGAUUUGUUUCUGUAAUUGCUGAGGUCCAUUUUAUAUUUUUGCUGCUACUUCUGUGGAGCUAGCUUUGAAUGAGUUUUGCUUCGAACUUUUAUACAGAAACAUGCUAUGGAUUUUUAGAAAGGGCUAAUUAGGUCUUAUCCUUCAAAGCCCCUUAAAUAAGUCUUGCUGAUUUUCAGACAGGGAAGUCUGUUGCACUGGCGUUGGGGAUUAUCCUAAUGUUUGUUUUACAGAUAAGCCAAAAUUAUAUCAGGCAAGAUAAAUCAAUAUCAUGUCUGGCAUAACUAAUCUUGCUGACACAGGGUUCUAGUGAAUAAAAAAAAAAAAAAAACUGUACUGUAUCAUGUAUCAUCUUUAGAGGUGGUAUGAUUUUUUUCCAUGAAAGAUAAGCUUUUGGUGGUACUCUUAAAAACUGGACUUAUUGUUAAAAUCGCAAACUAGAGAAUAAUAGUUUAUUUUAUGUAUAUAUUUUUCUGAUUAUAAUAGUAAUAUAUGCUCAUUGUAAAAAAUUUAAAGACACAGAAACAGCAUAUAAAGAAAAAAAUUACCUGUAAUUUCACCGCCUUGAGGUAGCCACUAUUAACAUAGUGUAUGUAUUUUAUUUUACAUAGAGUCAGAUCAUAUUGUAAAUAGUUAUGUGUCUUUAUUAAUUUUCAUUGUGUGCAUUUCCUUUGUCAGUCUUCAAAGGCAUGAUUUUGAUAGCUGUAGAGUAAUUCCACUAUAUGAAUUUAUCAUAACUUAUUUAAUGAUUCCUAUUUGUUGGACUAGUUUCUUAUUGUUAAUUACCGUUAAAUAAUGGAUUUUGUUUAAAACUAAUUUUCUUGCUACAGCAUUUAAUUUCCUUGAGUGUGGAGAGAAGUAAUUCUGUCCCUUGAUAAAGAAUUGUAAUAAAUCUGCCUGAAACUUUUUCUUACAUCACCAAAUAACUAGAUAAAUUUCUUAAUUAUUUUUUUCUUUCGGGUUGAUUAAACCACCUAGAAUAUGA